AUGCCGCCUCUCCCCACCCCCAAACCGGACCCAGUCCCUCUCCGCCUCCCCCCAUCGGGCACCUCUGGAGAUCAUCUCGUCCCACCGCCCGCCCCUCCGCCUCCUUUCUCGGCAAGGCGGGCAGAGCUCUCCCGCCCUAUUGUUCCCCGCACCCCGCGGCGGAGGCAGCGCACUCACCACGCGGGCCGGGCUUCCUGCAGCGCCCAUCGGCCCCCUCAGCUCCGGCACACCGGGGCUGCCACAGCGCCCUGCUACUGCUCCUCCAGUAAUACACGCGGGGCCCAGGCCAGCGCCACCAUCACCCCCCACCACCCCACUGCCACUCCAGCAGCGGCCAUCUUGUGCGUCGACUGCUCCUCUCACCGCCCACGUCCCUCCCUCUCUCACCGCACCACCCGCCCCUUCCUGCGCCUGCCUUCCCCCGCAGCCAGAACAGGCUGGGACAGGACGGAACGAGGAGAAAUAGCCGAGUCACGGCCUGGAGCCCGUGGGGGCAGGGCGGUGGAACUAUUGCCCGACUUGGGGAGUGUACUUCGUGCUCCGUCAGGGACGGUCUCCAAUGUCAGAUGCCUUCCUCUUUUCAGGCUACUUAGAAUGCAAAGAUCUAUGCAAAUAUAUCCUCUGACUGCAGCUGCUGUGGAAAAAGGAGAAAUUAUAAGGAAGCAGGUGAAAGAAGCAGCAUUUACAGAAGAAGAAAAAGGAAAAUCACUGAAGGAAAUCAAGAAAACCUACCUCCCCCUCAACCCCAUGAUGAGCCUCACCCCAGCUAUGAUGCGGUUCAUGCUGAGCAGUCUGACAGCUGCCUGGAUCAUCCUUCAGCUACGCCAGAACAUCUGGGUGACCCUGGCACAGACACUCCAGCAAGACAUUAUCUGUCUGUCCUCUGCAGCAGCAAAAGACCCUGUGUCCGCCUGCCUGAUACUGGACUGCUGUGGGUGCCUAGCCAAUGGGCCAAACCAGCCACGAAGGAUGUGAAGAACAAUCCGAACAUCGAUGCCCUCUGUCAGUCACUGAUUGACUGCCAACUGACGUCAUAGGAGCAGCGGAUGUUCCAGGACUGAAUCAGAUUAAAUAAUAGUCUGUUUGUGAGAAGAAUUUUGUAGAAGAUCUGAAAGAGUAUAGAGACUCCAUCUGACUGCAUUUAAAAGCAAAAUUGUAUUUUUACCCUUUAAGCAAAUAUCUUUCGCACUUAGAUUGCAUGAAUGCCAGAGCAUAUGUGUUAAAAGUAGUUAGAGAAUAGUUUAAGAUAGAAGGUUUUAGCUUAUGCGAUAAUUGUUAUUUGCAAAUUAUUGAUAAUUUUAGAGAAGGUAUUAGUAUAAGGUGUAAGUAUCCCCCUCUUCAAGAGUCAAGGUGAGCAUAUUUGAAAGUUCAUUUAACUUUAAACCUUAAAGGAAUUCAUUCAACAAAUUAUGAAAGCCUGAUUAGCUGUGACUCUGAAAGUAUGGUGUCAUUUGUGUGGAACAAACUACUCAUAGUAAUUGCGUUGCAUAUAGUCCCGACCAACUGUCACCUAACUAACAUCCAAAAGUGACAGAACAUAUGGCUCACUCUGGCACACUUAACAGGCCAAAAAUCAAUGUGUUUAAGCCUAGCCACACCUGGAGAUCCUUUUCGCACCUGUCUCACAGGAGUUCCAGAAUUAGAUCCUCAAGCAUUUAAAGGUUUACUUAGCAAUGAAACUCCACUGAAGCAAUUGGCAGUGUUACAAGAGUGUAAUCGCACUGUUGGCUUCAUGUCAAGACAACUUGAAACCUGUUGGCAAGCCAAAAUUAUUGAAGUUUUCAAAGUUACCAUAUGUUGGGGAGGAUGAAAUGGGGAAACCUUAUGAAUAUGAUUGUUUAGCAAAAGAUUUUGAAAAUAUGAAGCCUAGAAUUGAAGUAGAAAUGAAAGCUCACUUUGAGUCAUAAGAUGCUGAGUACUAGUUACUAUAUAACCAAAAAAUAGCAUGGCCAGCUAAAGGAGAAUUGUUGGGGAAGAUGAAACAGGGAAACCUUAUGAAUGUGAUUGUUUGGCAGAAGAUUCUGAAAAUAUGAAGCCUAGAAUUGAAGUAGAAAUGAAAGCCUGCUUUGAGUCAUGAUGCUGAGUACUAGUUACUAUAUAACCAAAGAACAAUCGCCUAGCCAGCUAUAGGAGAGUCCCUGUUGAUGAAACAAUGUCCUUCUGCAGAUAGAGAAUCCAAAGGUCAAGAAGCAAGGGAAGAAUUUGUAAAGCUUUUGGCGUUUAAAAUGCAACACUGUAUGUGAAUAUGGGGAUUCUCAUAGGCUGUAUGUAAAUUCUUUAGUUGGUGUAUCUUAUAGUGAUUGGUUACUGGGAAUUAGAAUAUUCACUAUAGAAAAAGAUACAUUGUAUUGUAACAAGAACUUCGCUCUCUCAGCUCUUAGCCUUUCCCUCUCUCAGCUCUUCCCUGCUCCUACCCCUCUCUUAGCCCUUCCCUGCUCCUACCCCUCUCUUAGUCCCUCCCUGCUCUCCCUCUCUCUUACUCUUACCCUCUUGUUUUCCCUCUUCCCCAUCUUACCCCUCUCUUGUCCUCCUCUCUCCUAAGCCUCCCUAGUUUUUCCCUGCUCUCCCUCUGUUGCUCUUGUUUCUUUCCUCCCCCUUUAACCUUUUCUCUCCUGCUCUCCCCACACUCUCUCCCCUCCCGCCGACCACGUGGAUGCCGAGGCUGGCGGACACGGGUCUAUCCCUCUCUUUACCCUUAUAAUAAAUUGCUUAUACCUGAACAGCUUGACCCAGGAGAAGUCUCUCACUGCGAGCGAGUGUUUUGUACAGCAAUAGAGAAUCCUUGUUGAUGAAACAAUGUCCUUCUGCUGAUAGAGAAUCCAAAGGUCAAGCAGCAAGAGAAGAAUUUGUAAAGCUUUUAGAGUUUGAAAUGUAACACUGUAUGGUAAUGUAGUAGUUCUUAUAGGCUAUAUGCAAAUUCUUUAGUGGGUGUGUCUCAUAGUGAUUGGUUACUGGAAAUUAGAAUAUUCACUAUAGAAAAGGAUAUAAAGUAUUGCAACAAGAACUCCGCUCUUGUUCUCCCCACUCUCUUAAUACUCGUCUUCUCUCUUACUCUUAAUACUCUUAUUCUCCUAGCUCUCUUUAACCUCUCCUCUCUUGUUCUUCCCUCUCUCUUACUCUUGUUCUUACCUCUUACUCUUCCACGUUUCUCUUGCUCCCAACUUCUCCCCUUCCCCCCUCGCUCUCUCUUUAAACUCUCUCCCCUGGCUCUUAAACUAUCUCUCUCCCCGCUCCACUCUCUCUCUCUCCCCCUGACCACAUGUAUGCUGCGGCUGGCAGUGGAUAGGGGUCUUUUCUUCCCUUUACCCAUAUAAUAAAUUGCUUAUACCUGAACAGCUUGACCCUGGAGAAGUCUCUGACCACGAGCGAGUGUUUUGUACAUCUAUAACCACAGGGCCCCCAGAAGAAUUGGACUUGUUAGGCUCCACCAAUACCUCAGGUGGAUGGAUAAUGUUUUAGCCACUCCAACAAAGUAAUGCACCACUGGGCUACGUUAACCCUAUAGUUGAUCUUAUCAUGUGGCAGUGUGCCUCAGGGGAGACAAAGAGUUACAUUGUCCCACCCCAAACCCCUUGUGAAGGGUGGCCCAGGUGUUCUGAUUAGGUUUGAGUCCCUGGGGGGUUCUCACUUGGUGUGCUUCUUCUGGUCCCUGACCCUGAACUCCACCCUCAAGGGUGGAGACCCCCAAAGGUUCUGUGUUGAUAUAUUUUAUAUAUUAGUAAAGGCCUGUAUGCACAAACCAGCCUUUGACAUAAGUCGUGAUAUUAAAGGCCAAAGUCCUUGAAACCUUCAUGCAGAAGAGAAAGUAAAACAAUAUCCUUGUGUGUAAGAGAAAAAACGUAAACUGUGUGUGUUAGCCAAUAGUAGCUUGCUCUGCCCGCAGACCCUGUAGAACCCUAUAAAAGGUGUGCUAAAGAUAGAAAUAAACAGUGUUCACAAUUACUUCUGUGAAGACUGGUGAAUAGCUCGGGGGUCCUUCAACAGUUCUGUCCCUCAAAAACCCCUGCUGUGCCUCUGUUCGGAGCUCUCUGUUCUGGACCUGAGUUUGUUCCCAUGCUGAAUAAAUGGUUUCAUGAACCGGGAGCCCGUCUCGUUGGUGUUCCAUGCUGGUCCCCAGAAUCCUGCUGCUUCCCUGGACGAGAUCCUGAGGUUGCUGACUGCAACAUUAUCACUAACACUGAAAGUAAAGCCCUUUAUUCACGAUGCAAUCUCACAGGACGGUUACCAAAGCGAUUACCUAAUGCAGUAUUCUUAAUCUGUGGAGAUAGAGCGGAAUGGGAUUCCUGCUAGCCCACAUGGAGGACCCUGUUACCUUGGAAAACUUACUUUAUUCCAUCCAAAUUUACACCAAUUGCUGAAUAUAGCUGGUAAAAUAAAAAAACACCUAAUGGUCAAAGCGAAGCCUGAAUGAAUUACAAUGUGAUGAUGUUAAAGAUCCAGACUUUUGGGGUCAUGGUAUACUAUGGCUGGCCUCCUUUUUUACCCCAGGAGCAGCUGCUGCUAAAGGCUUAUCAACUCUAAAAAAGGCUAGCUUGUUGGACCAGGAAAGAACUGAAUUUGACAUCAAUCAUGUUAAGUGAACUUUCAGCUGACAUAAGUAGUGUACAUUGUGCCGUAUUGCAAAAUCAAGCUGCAAUUGAUUUCUUGCUCUUGGCACAAGGACAUGGCUGUGAGGAGUUUGAACGUAUGUGCUGUUUGAACCUUACUGACCAUCCAGUUUCAAUCCACAAACAACUAAAACAGCUACAGAAUGGGUUACAUGCCCUGAAAGAAGAUAGUGACCCCACUGGAAGUUGGUUAGCCAACUGGGGCAUUGCUGGAUGGUUGAAGUCUCUUGUGCUAGAAAGAGGACAAAUUUUGCUUAUGGUAUUAAUAGGAAUAGUUGUUUUAAGCUGUAUGUUAUCCUGUAUCUGUAGAAGUGUAUAACAAAUCGUGUCCAAAGCCUGGCUUGUGCAAAAAGAGAAAGGGGGUAAUUGUAGGGAAUAUUUUAGCAGAACUAGGGCAUGAUAUUUUAGUAAAAGCCUGUCUGCAUAACCCAGCUUUCAAUCCAGGUGACAAUAUUAAAGGCAGUGUAUUUGAAACUCUCCUGGAACAGCAAGAAUCAAGAAAAACAAUGUCAUUGUGUAUUGGGAAAAGAAUGUAAAACAAUAUGUAUUAACCAAUAGUAGCUUGUUAAGCCCUGUGAACCCUAUAGGACCCUAUAAAAGUGUGCUAAAGAUAGAAAUAAAAGACAUUCGCUAUACUUCUGUGUAGACUCAGUGAAUAGUCUGAGUGGUUUUCCAAUAAGUCGCAUACUUGGAUAACCAGUGAUGUAGGUGAGGGCUGUCCUGGAACAUCUGUCAUUCAUCAGUUGCAAACAUGCUUCCUUCUGUACACUCUGUCCCAUGAUCUAUGGUUGGGGUCUCGAUCCUAAGCAAAUCAUACAUUCCUCUCUAAUGGGAUCCAACCUCCUGCCCUAUAGGCGGCACUCUGAGUUAAAGACCACAGUUUUCUCUGGUCACCCACCAUUAGAAAUACUUCUAGCCCCCAGAAGCCUUGGGCCUCUGCCUCAGACAAAUGAUUCAAUCAUCCCCUGCCAGAGGCACUAUCCAAACAUAUCCAGUUUCCAAAUCCCAUGUACGUCUGCCAUACUUUUCCUGGAACUUUACUAUCUUGGCUGAUGUGUAAUGCACUGUUUUAGUAACAGUUUCUAGACCCUACUAUUGAAGGUUUCAUCUUUAAUUAGGAAUUGUAAUGUGAUCUCCUCCUCAUCAGAUGUACUGCUGCUUAUAGGGUUGUUAGACAGUGGGCUUUAGUCAAAGCAAUUUUCUGUCCUGUCCACAAUUUAACUUUCCUGGAGGGUUCAGUAACAAAAAUAUUCCCCACCAAGCUCAUCACCAGCAUGUCUGGGGAAAAAAGAGGGCUGAGGUGACCCCCCAAGUGGGGGUAUCCCAAACCAGGUGGCUGGGAGCUGAGCUGGGAUUUUAGGGGGGGGAUAUUUGGGAUCUCUGACGUUUGCAGGGCUCAGAGGGUAUCCCAGGGAUGGCCGGGAUGGCCAGGUUUGAGUGGAUUUGGGGUCCCAGGGUAGGUUUUGGGUUCUGAGGUUCAGGAGGCAUCUUCAAUUGUGAUAGAUUGGCAUUUAAGAAAACAAAGAGAAACACCUAAGGAAGUUAAAACUGCUGGUGGCUGAUGGGAGUUUUUCUCCUAGCCAACAGCUGGCCAUUUCUAAGAAUUGACAGCAGUUGAAAAGUGAUAUCGACCUGUGAACACCACCUUAAGACUUAAGCCUGGGAAUUUCUUUGUCUCUUUGUUUCCUGGCUGUGAAAGGUA